UACCAAAUCAACUACAAGCGAUGCAUUUAAUAUUUUAGGUGUAGAAGUUAGUUCUUGGGAGCAAUAUUUUGACAUUUCAUCAACAAAUGCGGGGGUAUUGGAUUUCGAUGUAUCAUCAAUCAAUUUAAAUAUCUUUAAAAUUCAUACAAAUGUUCAUACCACCCGUGUAGAGGUUUCUUCAAGUAAUAUUAAAUGUAAAUUAGUACCUAUUUUUCUUCCUAGUCGUCCUCUUUCCCAGCUUCCUGUUGAACGCUCCCCACAACCCGAUUCAAUGGUACUGUUCCCUCUCCUACACACUUACUAAUUAGUAAUGCAUUAGUUACCUAGAAGUAUUUAAUUUUAGGAGAACUUUAAAGCUAGAAGAGUAUUGUAGGUUACUAAGUACUUUUAUAAGUAAAUAUAAAAUGAAAAAUAUGGUUAUGAAAUUUGUUUGUGAUAAAAAAGUCUAUAAUAAAGAGACACUUACGUACUUCCAAAAUUUUGCUAGUUUGAUAUUGAAUCGAGAUUUUUUAAGGGACGCAUCCUCAGGACCAUCUUCUUAUUGGUUUAAAUACCUACGCCUUCAUCCUUCGCCUUCGGCAUCCUACGACUUUCCAGACUUUUUCAGUAUCACGCAGCCGGGUAAUCUGUCCUUGCUACGAUGGAACUGUACCUCUGCGCAUUCCCAAUUUUCGAGCAUGGAGUGUGAAAGUGAAAGAUGAACCACUAGCUUAAUGAGUUGAACAACAAACUGUAGUUUCUGAUACUGGCGCUGGUACGCAAGACGUAAUGGCCGGGAUAUGUUAUGAGAAUACCUGACACAUUCCCCACUGUGCGCAGGAGAGCACAAUUAUUUCGAUGGCAAGAUAAGUUGUAGCAGAACCUGUUGGUGAUCAGAUCUUUUUUCAUGCCAAUCUCCUAGAAGCUAAAAAUAAUACUUUUGUUUAUUACAUUAAAGUAAUACAUGUUUUACAAAUUCAUAUUGUUUUAUUCAAAUUCAGACGUUCUUCGAACCUCAAUAAUUCACUAAUCCUUCACCGCACUGAUAACAUGAAAACCUCAUACUAUUUUGUAGAACUAUUAAUCACUGCCUUUCUUUUAUGUUCGGCAUGAACUACACUUUUUCUUAUCCCUUUAAUAUUACAUGCACUUUUCCCAUUGUAAAGCUUAUCUUUCAAAUGUUUUUCAAAAGUUGCCUGGUCAAUAUUUCCACCAACAACCUUCAGUAUUUUUACAACGUUUGGAUAUUUUUUCAAACCCAACUUAGGUCUAUAUCCUUUUUUAACAGCCCCAGCCCAGCUACAACUCGCAAAAAAAGGUCUUGAAAACAUUUUUCCCAAAGCGUCAUGAAUUCGUUGCUUUUCUUUGGUAGCAGUAAUCUCGCCGGUAAUCCAACGUACCAUUGUUUGGAAGUUUUCCGAGAGAGAGAGAUUAUUUUCCAACGCAUCCAGCUCUUCCUUGCACACCAAUUCUGAUGCGAGGAAAACUGGUCGCUGCAUUGCUGGAGGCUGGUGUGCAAUGGAUGCAGUGACGACAGGCUGUUCCAGCUCUUUCCGGCACAUUUUCUUAAGUUGCAGUUUUACAUCUACUACUGCAGUGUGCGAAUCGAUUAAAACAAUGCUGCUAAUAGCUGAGGUAAGUCGAACUAGUACUGUGGCAACCUUAUACAUCACCAUCAUCAAUCAAAACUGAUUGUAAUACAAGCAAUACUGCGGCAUUCUGUGUACGGCAUCAUUGUAUUGAAAUGGUGUUCGUUCUACAAUAAUUUCCAUUUUCUGUUUUGUUUUCGUUUCAGGAGGUGUAUCACAACAACAAAAACAAAGCAUGAUAGAACAAUAAAAGGACUGCGGAUAGAAUUGUACAUCGAAGUGUAUAUUUAUUCAUUAUAUGAUGACAUUGUCGGGCGAGAAGAAAGGGAAGCGAAAAUGAAUGGUGGGAGGGGAAGCCAGGUAGGUGCGGUGAGGAGAAACGAGUGAAAGGGCACUCAAAAAGCACUCAAAAACACUCACGAGAGAUUUCAUUUCCCUUAACAAGUAUAGUGUUGUUAAGGGACUUCUUAAGGGACUUGUUAAGGGAGUUCUUUGCAGCGGGGUUGAUCAUCUCAUUAGAGCAAUCAUCGGCGAUAGAUUUACUCACCAUACAAACAAAAUCAUCUGGCCUCAGCGAGGGGAAAAAAACAAGCUUGCUCAGUACGCAGGAGGAAACGAUGAUAGCCUCUCAGUAUGGGUUGAAGCAGCUGUCAUUGAGCUCGCCAUAGUGAGAGCAGGCUGGAUUGUCAUUUGGGUUGUAAUUACCUUGUGAAUAAACUGACAGAUAACCGUCAUUCGAAGAUUGACGCAUAAGCGGGAAAGAAGUGUUUAGUUGCUUUGUGUAAAUUUAUUUCUUUGUGAACCCUUGUUACACAAUACACUUUAAAAUAUAAAAGUACGGUGGCCGCGCACCAGCCGCACCGAGCGCCCCUGCCGAGAGCUCCUGAAAGUUCAGUAAAAAAAGUUUUCUGUGUAAGCCUUGCGCUGCUUAGUGUGUGCGACAGUGUGCGUGUACACACUGUCGUCCUCCUGGAUGUUGACCGGUGGCAGCGCAACUGCCACGGCAAGUCCAGGGGUCGGCACGGCUGCCCGCAACAAAAAUAAUAAUGUGGCCCUUCAUGAUUCUAGUCAGUUUUUUGUAUGCAGUUUAACAGUUGGAGGCUGAAAUCAUGUAAACACUCCAUACAAAACUACACAAAAAACUAGCCUGCAAUUUUGCUGUCUAGAUUAUUCUAGGCUCAAAGCUAGAAUUAGUUUCGAAUAUCUGCUCGAAAAAACGGUGUUGUUUACAUUUAUCCCAAGGUGCAUUAAAGAGAUCACGUGGUGGAAUUUAGAAACAAAGUGUAUGUAGUCUAGGUGAUCUCAUAGUAUGAUUUUUAAAACCAAAUUUGAAUAUUACUUUUUGACAGGAUGGGUGAAAAUUUUUGUUCAAACAAGCUUUCUGGAGGCUUAACGAAAACACAAAACACUCUUAAAAUCUUCAUUCAGAAGUCUCAUAGUGGUCUCAGAGAGCGGUACUUGUUCCGACGCAAUGCGUUGCGAUUUUGCCAAAAUGUAUGGGAUUUGACAGACGCAUGCGUUAACGACGCACGACGCAGCGUCAAAGUAGAAAAAUUUCUAUUUCGACGCACGUCGUGAUGCGUCUGUCAAAAUGGUUUAACCAUUUCGGGUGAAAAUCGAUAUUUUUCACGUUAAAUUGUUUCGAGGGCAGUUUUGCAUGUAAAUGGACUACUAAAUAAUUUUAUUACAAAACAAAAUAAAUGUAGAGAAAGUAAUUUCGUAAUUGCUGCAAAACAAGUGUGUGCGGGUCAGUUUGCAAUACGCAAUAAAAAAGCGAAAACAUGCUUUGCACUGUUUUGAGCAGAGCUGGAAAUGAUUUUACAGUUGUAAUUUAACAUUAUAAUCUCAUCAGAACCUUUAAAUAAGAGGCAUUAUUGCUGUUUGUUGAUGUUUUUCUUUGUAAAAUGUGUUGACAUAUCCAUGCAGAACGCAGCGAACAGAUACCAGCGUGCGUUCCGCAAUGCGUUGCGAUACGCUGCGUCGAAACAAGUACCAAGCCCUCAUAGUAUGAUUUUUAAAACCAAAUUUGAAUAUCACUUUUUGACAGGAUGGGUGAAAACUUUUGUUCAAACAAGCUUUCUGGAGGCUCGACGAAAACACAAAACACUCUUAAAAUCUUCAUUCAGAAGCAGAAGCAAUAAAAUUCAGUCUUCUAAAUUCAUACACCUUGAGAUAAGCCCCACCCCAUAUUAUACUCACUUAGAUAGCUGCUUGAAAACUGCUAUACAAUGCAAACAGCUGACAGGCUGAAAUUUCAGCCUACGAACUUAAAACGGAAAGGGCUCCAAUAUCAGUUUGAUGUGGAUUAACAUGUUGCACGUGGUGAAUAACAAUUUUUACAUUCGAAAGUGACUUGGAACACCCUGUAAAGUUAUCUGUUAUUGAUGCUUACACUUGCUUAACCCUAUUCCAGGCAACCGGCUACCCGGGUAGCCAAAUCGAUUUGGAUUGCUCAUUUCUCUGAUUCUAGGAAUCCGAUUGACUUGAAAUUCUAUAUAUUUGUGUAAUCCACAGCCAUCGUUCUCUGGAAUUUUUCGUAGAUUUUUUGGAGUAUAAUUAAACUGUUUAUAAGAAUUAAAUUUUCCAAUACCCCUGUUGACGCCGUCAACCGUCAAUUCGGGUGCAAAAGCCUUCUUCCUCGGAUCACGCGAUAGAGGGCGCUGCCGGUCGCUUCAAAAUCAAUCGGUUUAUCGAAAAUCGACCAGCGACGGCACGAACCGAAGCCCUUAGGGGGAAUGACCGGCGCAACAGGAUGACGAGCAGAUUCCUUCGCGCACCCAAGUAUACGCACGUGAUUUUUUAGCGCCAUUUUGUGAACUAGAAAUAAAUUAUACACGUUUCUAAUUUCGGCUAAAAUACGUUCAUUGAUCUUUGGGUAGAAAGAAUUGGAUGCUUCGCAACAACCCCUAUUCCAGGCAACCGGGCUACCGGUGUAGCCAGCGUCUUUGGAAGCUUAUAACUUUUGAAUGCGUAAUCCAAUAUUGAUGCAAUAUUCUGAUGAAAAUUAAAUAAACUAAUGCAAUUUCUAAAACUGUGCAUCGAUUGAUUCAAAUCGCUAUCUUUUUUUAGUUAUAGCUUUUCAAAGUUGACAAGAUUCUUUUUUCUUUAUGAUGUGUUUUUGGUUGCCAGUGACAGGGUUAAAUUACAAAUUAGCGAGUAUGGAUAAUGUAUCCCGGCCUUAAAGGCCUUAUUAAACGGAGGAAAAUUCUGUCAUUCGAUUUUGGAAUCUAUCCUUCAAACAAAGUUUGAUAGAUGGAUGCCAGUCGAAAAAUCUAAAUUCGGCAUGGUCUUUUCCGAUUUGCUCCCGAGUAGAUUUUUUUUGAUGUGGAUUAACAUGUUGCACGUUGUUAUUGUUUAACACAGGAAAACAUCGAAUGUCAGCGCAAGUGUCAAGCAGUGACAUUUGACCCACGUUACUGCUCGACUGUGGGACUGCUCGACUAACGAUGAGGAUCGCAAGCCCGCGAAUUUGCAAUGGUGGAAAAGCCAUAAAAGGGAAAUUUGGGAAAGCACUUUCUCUUUUUCUCGUCAUCACCGCGGAACCAGAAGCAGUGGAAUUUUUUUAACCACUUUGUUAUAAGUAAAUUUACAGUACCACCGUUACGUACUGCGUUAAUAGAAUUCAAUAAAGUGAAGUUAAGAGAACCUAACUAACGUCGCGAGUGAAUCAUUUCGGGAAAAAAAAAUAUCACCGGACGUUGCUAACGCAACAUUUUAAAAAAAUUCCACGUUUGGAAAUUUUACGCGUUUACGCGAGUGCGUGAGUGAACCGUGUCGCAAGACAGUUGAGGCCGCGAAACACCUAGGAACGCGACCAACAGACGAUACGUCGGACGGCGAGAGAAUAGUUGAGGUGUACGUUACACAUUACACCAACAUACGCAAUUUCUCACUAUGGAACACGAGCACGAAUUGAAAGCACCUCCAGCGGUAGUACAAACGAACGAGUCUCAGCAACCUGAAACGGGAGCACUGGAUCAUAGGCCACUUGCACCGGCCGCGGAUUCACUUCACUUCCGAUCGUUCGCGCCGACUGGACAAGAUUGGACGGUUAACUCAUCUUUGGAGAUCGUUGACCGCGCAAGGUCAUCGACCCCGAACGCACCAUUAGGUGCAGGAUUGUUGCUGAGGGGACCGCAGCAACGGUUGACUUCGGAGGUUCGCGAAGCCCCUGCAUCGCGGUACACACCGCUUGCAAACUCUACUGUGGCAGACCUGGGGACUUUACAUCGCUCAUCCUCGGAAACCGUGCCACGGUUAGCGCACCUACCGACCACUGCGGACGUACAACAACCAGCGCCAUCGCAGGGAGGCGUUUCUGCAGGAACCGUGCCGCGGGCGGCGGACGGUGCAUCUGGAGCGGCCAUCGAGGACAUGGAACUACCACCGCAAGCGCAGGACGGCGCUUCUGCGGGAACCGUACUGCGGACGGCGGUCGGCGCAUCUGGGGCAGCCAUUUCGAACGUUCAUCAGCCGACGCCAUCGCAAACCGGCACACCCGGGAGGACGAUGGCGGACAAGCUUGCGGAGUCGAGCGAAGCUGUUGCCGCCUUGGAACUUCGGAUGCGAAAUUUGACUCGACGAAAGCUGGAGCUUGAGAGACGAGAGCUGGAGUUUGAAGAGCAGCUGAUCUUGGCUGAAUCGAAGAGGAUCGGCGAUGGCUUCAUCAGCAUGAUUGACGACGAAGGUGAGUCAAACAAAAUGGUUGAUUGGUCGAGACGUGGGGAUAGUGAGGGGCAUAGUUCACACCAUCCGAAUGUGUCACCUUCUUCAUCGCGUACUGUGCCUCCAGGAAACGCACAACAGGGAAAUGAUUCAGUGGUCAGUCAGCAGCGUCAGCCUAGAAGUGGAGAAUAUUUAAAUAUUGCUGAUGGGGCGGUUGAUACUUACCCGUUCCGUAACAGCAUCGGAACCACGUUGAUGAAUGUCAACCAGAGUCAAAUUCUGGCUCGAAAGGCAAGCUGCAAGGAGUUACCGUAUUUUUCCGGCAAACCCGAGGAGUGGCCCAUUUUUAUCGCCACAUAUGAAACCUCGACAGCUGCUUGUGGGUACUCCGAUGAAGAGAACACUUUAAGACUGCAGCGGGCGCUUAAAGGCAAAGCUCUUGAAGCCGUUCAACCAUGUUUGCUUCAUGCCUCUAACCUUACUAGUGUGAUAGAGACGCUGCGCAUGUUAUACGGUCGCCCGGAGAUAAUUGUGCAUUCGUUAAUCCACCGCAUACAUCAAAUGCCUGCACCACGAAUCGAGCGCUUGGAAACUGUAAUCGAUUUUGGGAUGGCGGUCCGAAAUAUGUGUGCCACUAUAACCGCUUCGGGGCUAGAAGAAUAUAAGUGCAACGUGGCAUUAAUGCACGAGUUGGUAGAAAAGUUGCCUCAUGCGCUUCGGCUAGACUGGGCACGACACCGUAUGCAAUCGAGCUCCGCGACACUCUCGGAGUUUGGCAAGUGGAUAGAAACCCAAGUUAAGGCAGCUAGUCUGAUAACAUUGCCAUCCCUAGAAUUCAGGCCAGAGAGAAAACUCGACCAUAAGAGUAGAACGCAUCACAUGAACAUACAUAACGCUACGGGGUUGGUUAGUGAAGGAAGUCAAAUUUGUCUACUGUGUGAGGCCACUUGUGUUGACCUUUCGCAGUGUGAGCAGUUCAACAGACUAAAUGUGAAUGAUCGAUGGGCAACUAUACGCAGACUGAAUGCUUGUCGGAAGUGUCUGAAAAUACACACCUACGGCUGCAAAGGGAAAAAGGCUUGCGGGAAAAAUGGUUGCGAGUACCUGCACCACGAACUAUUACACAAUCCCGAGCGCCAUUCAAAACCAAACGAGUACGCGGUUGCCACAGCAUCACUGAACGCGCAUUCUGAGGUUACCGGUGAUGUAUUUUUAAAAUACAUCCCUGUAAUAGUUUACGGGCGAGACAAGGCCAUCACGACCUUUGCCUUUUUUGACAGUGGAUCUACCGGUACCUUCAUCGAGCAUAGCCUAAUUGAGGAACUCGGUCUGGAAGGACAGCCCCAUCCUCUGUGCCUGAAGUGGACAGGUAACUCGGAACGCGACGAAACGGGUUCAAUUCGCGUGUCACUUUUGGAGAUUUCAGGAGUCGGGCAAAACAGCAGUGUACAUAUUAUUCCAAAGGUGCACACGGUGCAAAGCCUUUCUCUACCAGCCCAGACUCUGACAGUGACACAACUGACUAAACAGUACGCGCAUCUACAGGGUUUACCAAUUCAUGCGUACGAAAACGCUAGGCCUCGAUUGCUCAUUGGUAUCGACAACCAUCAUUUGGUUCGACCGACUCGUUACGCGGAAGGUGGGAAAUAUGAGCCCGUUGCGGCAAAGACGUCAUUAGGAUGGAUCGUAUAUGGCCCACGUAAUAGGAACUCCAACAGUGUUAACAUACAAGCAAUACAUACCAUCCACAUAUGCAACUGCGGCGCAGAUGCAGAGGCCAAUCUGGACGCAGCGGUAAAAAACUUUUUUACGCUCGAAUCGCUCGGUAUCGUCAAACCGUUGGAAACACUUCGUUCAAAGGAUGAUGAGCGAGCGUUGGGGAUUCUCAACGCGGAAUCGAAAUUCAACGGAAAGCAUUAUGAAUCCGGAUUGCUGUGGCGUUUCGACGAUGUUAAGUUGCCAUGCUCUCGUGACAUGGCUAUGAGAAGAUACAAAUGCCUGCAAAAAAGAAUGUCGAAAGAUUCUGUAUUAGCUAAGGCAGUCAUUGAGAAAAUGAGGGACUAUGAAAGGCAGGGUUAUAUACGACGAUUAUCGCCUGAAGAACUGUCGAUGAAAGGUUCCCGAGAUUGGUUUCUGCCCAUAUUUCCGGUUUUCAAUGCGAACAAACCAGGCAAGGUUCGAGUAGUUUUCGACGCAGCGGCGAAGGUUCAGGGUGUUAGCCUCAACACAUAUUUACUAAAUGGACCAGAUCUGUUGGCAGGGCUUCUAUCCGUAUUAUAUAAAUUCCGUGAGCAUCGUGUGGCCAUAGUUGGGGAUAUUAAGGAAAUGUUUUUCCAAGUCCGUAUGAAACCAGAUGAUCAACGAUCCCAGAUGAUUUUAUGGAACGAGAACGACUUUACAGGUAGCGAACCGGAUGUCUAUGCAGUUGCUGUUAUGACUUUCGGUGCUGCGUGUUCGCCGAGUACCGCACAGUUCAUUAAAAAUUUGAACGCAGACCGUUUUGCUGACAAAUAUUCACGGGCUGUAAAAUGCAUAAAGGAAGAACAUUAUGUAGACGAUCUUUUGGCCAGCGCUGAAACUGACGAAGAAAUCAUCACGUUAGCUGAACAAGUCCGGCAUAUCCAUGCUGAAGGUGGUUUCGAAAUCCGAAACUGGCUGUCUAACUCACAUCGUGUGACAUCUCACCUACAACGCGAGGCAUCACCCGAAGACAAGAUAAACAUGUGCUCCGAUGAUCGCACCGAAAAGGUUUUGGGUAUGUGGUGGGAUACGUUAACCGACACAUUUACUUUCAAACUAUCCCCCAAACACGAUAUACAGCUGCUAUCUGGAGGACGGAUGCCAACAAAACGCGACGUUCUGCGAACAGUGAUGGCGAUUUAUGAUCCAAUGGGAAUCAUCGCGAAUUUUCUCAUGUACGUAAAAAUUCUUAUGCAGGAAAUUUGGCGUGCUGGCCUUGGAUGGGAUGAUGUGUUGUCCGGUCGACUAGCCGAAAAAUGGAGCGUUUGGGUUGCGGUAUUGCCGACUAUUUCACAAGUACGUGUUCCUAGGUGUUAUCGUCAGUUCACUUCGGUAAAUGCAAAAAUACAGCUUCAUGUAUUCUGCGAUGCCAGCGAGAACGGGAUGGCUGCAGUGGCGUUUUUCCGUUUCAACGAUGGGGGUAUUAUCGAAUGCUCUCUGGUGGGUGCCAAAACUCGCGUAGCUCCGAUUAAGUUUGUAUCCAUCCCGCGCCUAGAACUACAGGCCGCAGUCAUCGGAGCCCGCUUUGCUGCAGCGAUUAUCGCCCAACACCGAAUAGCCAUCGAACGCAUUUUCUACUGGACCGAUUCACGUGACGUGAUAUGCUGGAUGCGGUCUGAUCAUCGCCGAUUUAGUCAGUUCGUUGCUUUCCGAGUAGGCGAACUCCUGGAGACGACUUCUGUGCAUGAGUGGCGCUGGCUAUCAACAAAGUUAAACGUAGCUGAUGAUGGAACGAAGUGGCAGAAGGUACCAACUGCAGAUCCCGAUAGUCGCUGGUUCCGCGGACCGGACUUCUUGUGGAAGCCCGAGUGUGAGUGGCCAGUUCCCGAACAAUAUCCCACCGACACGAAGGAAGAGUUACGGCUACACAUGAUGCAUCAUAACACAAACACGAAGCCAUGGAUUCAGCUCGAGCGUUUUUCAUCCUGGAAUCGCUUGUUAAGGUCAGUAGUGUACGUCUUACGAUUUGUCUCCUUUAUCGUUUCUAAGAGAACGGCUAGAACAACAGGACCGCUAACACAAGGCGAGCUUGAAAAGGCAGAAUAUGCCAUUCUUCGCUUGGCACAGAGGGAUGCCUUUUCACAGGAGAUACGACGAUUAACCGACGCACGUGACGCAAGCGAACAACGUUGCACAUGGAAAUCCGUGUUGCCGAAGACGAGCAUACUUGCAAAGCUGUCCCCCGAGGUCGAUGACAACGGAGUACUGAGAAUGCGCGGACGCCUGACCAAUUGUCCUUGGGUUAGCGAAUCUACCAAGCGGCCCGUGAUCCUACCACGACAACACCAGGUGACAGCACUAAUUUUAGCAGAUUUUCAUCGUAGGUUCCAGCAUAUAAACCAUCACGCGGCAAUAAAUGCGAUACGAAGCAAGCUAUACAUACCGAGACUGCAAGCCGAAUUCAAUCGUAUCCGUAGGACAUGUCAGCACUGCAAAAACCGUGAUGCCAAGCCAGAGCCUCCAGAGAUGGGGAACCUUCCCUCCGAGCGUCUUGCUGCUUAUCAGAAGCCGUUCUCAUUCACGGGCGUCGACUAUUUUGGCCCGGUAACCGUAGCAGUUGGUCGACGAGUCGAAAAACGUUGGGGCGUUCUCUUCACCUGCCUCACCACCAGGGGCAUCCAUCUAGAGGCUGCGCACUCCCUGACCACAUCAUCAUGCAUCUUAGCUAUACGUCGUUUCAUCGCUAGGCGUGGGCAACCUUUGGAAUUCAUCAGCGACAACGGUACGAACUUCGUCGGUGCAUCGCGAGAGCUUGCUGAGGCCUGGGAAGCGAUAGACAAACAGCGUUUAGCGGAGGAGUUUACAACACCGCGUCUCGCGUGGAAAUUUAUCCCACCUGGUGGACCACACUUUGGAGGCUGCUGGGAACGACUAGUGCGAUCCGUCAAGAAGGCGAUGAGCGAAAUACGGAUGUCUCGGCUACCAACCGACGAAGUGUUAACGACGGCAUUAACGGAGAUCGAAGCGAUGCUUAAUUCUCGCCCUCUUACACAGGUACCACAUGACAGCGAAUCCGAGCUUCCUUUAACCCCGAACCACUUUCUGCUAGGGACAGCUAACGGAGAGGCACCGAAAGCAGUAUUCAGUGACGACAUCGCUACCCUAAAAACCACAUGGAAGGUAUCAGAGGUUAUGGCCAAUCUCUUCUGGAAGAAGUGGGUAGCAUACUACUUACCGACCUUAACGCGCAGAGUUAAGUGGCAUCAUCAGGUUCGUCCGAUUAAGGAGGGCGACAUUGUAGUGAUCGUGGAUCCAAACCUUCCCCGAAACACUUGGCCCAAGGGACGGGUAGUGGCGGUCAUCCAGUCGAAGGACGGGCAAGUCCGGCGCGCAACCGUAGCUACAAGCACCGGAAUCUACGAACGGCCGGCCACGAAGAUAGCCGUGUUGGAUGUACAACAGGAAAAUAAUACUUACCCGCCGGAGACCAACAGUCAACAGCUCUAAGAAUAACCCACGAAAUGGUAAGCGAAAACACAUGGUCACGACACAACAACAAUAACGAACUGAAGAGUCAAGAGCUUCCGGGCAAUUGACUGGGCGGGAGAAUGUUAUUGUUUAACACAGGAAAACAUCGAAUGUCAGCGCAAGUGUCAAGCAGUGACAUUUGACCCACGUUACUGCUCGACUGUGGGACUGCUCGACUAACGAUGAGGAUCGCAAGCCCGCGAAUUUGCAAUGGUGGAAAAGCCAUAAAAGGGAAAUUUGGGAAAGCACUUUCUCUUUUUCUCGUCAUCACCGCGGAACCAGAAGCAGUGGAAUUUUUUUAACCACUUUGUUAUAAGUAAAUUUACAGUACCACCGUUACGUACUGCGUUAAUAGAAUUCAAUAAAGUGAAGUUAAGAGAACCUAACUAACGUCGCGAGUGAAUCAUUUCGGGAAAAAAAAUAUCACCGGACGUUGCUAACGCAACACACGUGGUGAAUAACAAUGUUUACAUUCGAAAGUGACUUGGAACACCCUGUAAAGUUAUCUGUUAUUGAUGCUUACACUUGCUUAAGGGCGGUGGCAACGCUUUUUCGCAUGCGAUUUUAUCGGACGGCCUGUCAAAUUUUUAUAUGGGAUUUGACAGAUAACGUCGGACGACGAAAUCGCACGUUCGACGUUAUCUGUCAAAUCCCAUAUAAAUCGCGUCCGAUAAAAUCGCAUCCGAUGAGCGUUGCCA